AUGAAAGGCCUGAAAUUUCGUCUGAUGAUCAAGAUACUAUCCUGGAGCUUCUUUGCAAGUGAGCAGGUCAGAGUCCGCGAUGGUUUCUCCGCUGACUUCAUCAAUAGUUUGCUGAGUCCCAUUGGCCAACAUAGAAGGACACAUAUCAAGCCUUCGAGAGGCAAGAGAGCGGCAAAACUUGAAGCGAAAGUCUCAAAGCAGGAUGUCCUUCCUUCGGUGACAAAUAUUCCCAGGCCCCCAAAGCCUGUACUAUGCAAUCAUGUCGACAUAGGAUUCAAUGCAAUUACUAGAGGAUUCGAAUCAAUGUCUGGUUCAAAGUCCACGGGGAAACCUGAACCGGACAGCUCAAGGCGACCCUAUUCCAUGGUUUUCGUUACUCGAGGCAAUCAGUCUGCUACUUUCAACUGCCAUUUCCCAAAGAUGGUUGCUGCUUCGUCACAUAAGCUUGACCCCCAGCACAACAUCAGAUUGAUUGGCUUCUCCAAACCUUGUUCAGAUAGGUUGAGUUCUUGUUUAGGGAUCGCCAGAGUAUCCGCUCUUGCUAUCACCAGAGAUGCCCCAGGAGCAGAUGCUCUUUGGGCGUUUGUCAAAGAGCAUGUACCGACGAUUCAUGCUGAGUGGUUGAACGGCAAAAAUGAUCCUCAUUACCGACCGACUCAAAUAAGCUCGGUGGAGACUGUAGUUGGUGCCAAGAAACUGAAAAUUACGCAGGCUGCUAGACUUCUUAGAUCUGAAAAGGAAGAGCAUGAGUAG